GAAAGAUGGCGGCGAUCUGUCAACAGCAGCUACGUUUUACGCUCGGCUGUCAUGCCGUCGGGACCGCGGGAGCUCGCGCGACAUGAAGGACCCCCGCUCUCGUACGCGCGAGGAAUGUUGAGCGACGUUGGCCGAAGGCGUGGUGCCCGUGGACGACGAUUUUAACGGACGUGUCGGAAGUAUCGUUUAGCUCCGCGUUGCGUGUCUCGGGACGACGACGACGACGACGUUCGCUGUCGGAUUCGGGACGACGUGAACGCCGCGAUGGCCCUGCAGGAGGACGAGAACACCUGGGUGCUGGAGCUGGAGGCAGCGUUGCUCGACACGGAAGCGCCGUCUGCGUCCGAUAUAUAUGCCAUCUGCAAAGGCCAGUCGGUCCCGGCAAAUUUGAGACCGGAGGUCUGGCUGUCCUGCCUGUACGUUGCCGAUCGGGGCGAUCAGUUGAGCCAGUUCAAUGAAGUUUAUGAUUUGCCUGAGCAAAAUGUAAUUCGCGACGACUGUCAGCAGUUGGUCGCGAAACUCGGAAACGACGACGAGGAUAAGGUCUCUGUGGUCUCCGAUCUCGAGUCUAUAUUAACGUUUUAUUGCAAGAGUAAAUGUAAACAGUACGAAAGGGGAAAUGGGUGGCUGGAACUGUUGGGUCCUUUAAUAGCUUUAAAAUUGCCGCGCGCUGCAACUUACAAUCUCUUCGAGGCAAUAAGAGAUAAUUAUAUACCAAGAGGUGAAACAUAUAGCUCAGUCUUGAGACUGCUGCUUCUCUAUCAUGAGCCAGAACUGUGCUCCUUCCUGGACACGAAGAGGAUAUCGCCCGACCAAUAUACGAAAGUAUGGAUGAACACCCUUUUCGCCGGUGUCUGUUCGUUGCCGGCGAUCUGCACAAUGUGGGAUCUGUACUUCAUGCAGUCUGAUCCGUUUUUCAUGCUGUUCCUCUCGCUCAUCAUGGUUGUGAAUGCCAGAGAGCAAAUUUUGAGCAUGAGAGACGAGGACAAGCAAAGUAUAAUAGAUGCGAUAGCAGCGAUGCCCUGUGCUUUGGAAGCGGAGGAUGUGACCGAUUUCUGUUCCUUGGCACAGUACUACGCGAUGAAGACACCAACGUCUUUUAAGCAGGACUUGUAUCCCGUAAUGUUUGGCGAGGGCUCCGACGAGAAGCUAAUCUCCCACGCGUUGUGUUUGCCCGUGUCGGCGCAGGAACUGGUAGAGAAUGCCAUCGAAGCUCCAUCCGUACCUACUAGCACCGUAGAGGCCGUUAGAUUCUUUCUCGUGGAUUGUAGACCUGCCGAGCAGUACAACGCCGGCCACUUACCAACGGCGUUUCACCUCGAUUGCAACCUGAUGCUGCAGGAACCUGCCGCUUUUGCUACAGCGGUACAAGGCUUACUGCAAGCUCAGCGUCAAGCGCUAGCCGUUGGCUCGCAAGCCGGCGGAGAACAUCUUUGCUUUUUGGGAAGCGGUAGACAAGAGGAGGAUCGCUACACGCAUAUGGUAGUGGCGUCCUUUUUACAAAAACAUACACAAUACGUGAGCAUGGUCACUUCUGGAUAUCAGGCCAUUCAUGAAUAUUUCGGCGACGAAGUGGUGUCAAGUCUCGUUGAUCACAAUUCGCAACAUUGCCUAGUAUGUAACGCUAAUAUGUUAGAAGAAAAUUCGAACGAGGCGAGCCCGGUUAAAGUCAAAAACAACAAUUCCGAUCUCUUGGGCAAGAUCGGACUGGCUAUGAAGCUGAAGAGUCAGGAAGUAAAGGGGAAGCUGAUUGAUUAUAUCGUCAAUCCUACGGCAAACGUUAAUAGCAAUACGGAGAAGAGAGAUAGCAAAGACUUGGAUUAUAUUAGACGUCAGAGAAAGACCGCGCCUGUGUUUAGUAUAGAUGAUGAUCAGGAGAUAGAUAUGACGAUGACUAAUAAUGAAAGCGAAGAGCCUAUCGAAGUAGUAUCUAUACAACAGUGGAUGAAAGAUCCUAACUUAUUACAUUCCUUCAAAUGCCAAGAGGUGAAAGUUAAUGGUGAUCUCUGUGAUAGUCAACUAUUGGUUACCGAUAGUCAGCUUAUAGUACUGCGAGAAAUCCCAGAGCGAAAAGGCGCCGCGCACGUAAUUGUGAAACGUCCUUUAACGAGUAUCGUCAAAAUAACGUCGAGGAAACGGCACGCCGAUCUGAUAACCUUCAAGUACGGUACGACGCAAUAUAACGACACGGUUAUUUCCGAUAUGGAUAAGUUUCUUAUACCCAACGCGAGCGAAGCGACUAAAUUAAUCACGCAACAGAUCAUGAGACAAUUAAAAACGUCAGACUAAUAUUACGGAGACGUGUUUUAUAGAAUAAUUUCAGGCUGAUGUACAGAUGUUAUAAAGUUCAAUUUGUGACAAGUAGGUUUCCGAAAAAAUUGAUAUACGCAAGUUAUUUGAUUUUUUUUGGUAUAUUAUUAUUUAUUGAGAUAAUUAUUUGUUUACUUUUCAUUGUAUUAAAUAUAAUCGUGUAGAAAUAUACACUGAAUACCGCGUAGAGUAAUUUACAAAAACGAUAAAUUUUAGGAUGUUAAAAAUAUUUCUGAUUUUUAAUUUCCUUAUGGGAAUCACAAUUAUAUUAACAAAGAUAAAUUUAUGUCCAUGUAACUUAUCCGGAUGACUUUUCGUCGUUUAGAUAUAUGUACCUAAAACUUUUUUAAAUAUCACAACGGUACGACUGACCUAAAAACCGAUGCGUUCAUAACUUUGUAAAUCACGUUUAUAUAUAAUUAUUAGCCAAACAAGAAUUCAUUAGUUCUGUAAUAGAAACAUCCAAGGGCCUUCGAACCUUUGUUGUGUAUGACAGGUUGCAUAAAAUUUCCGUUAGCCAAAACUAUUAGAUUAGAUACUGUAGAAAGAGAGAAAUGUGCGCUAAGAGCUAAGAAAAAAAGAGCUGAGAUGCUAAUACAUAUGUGCCUGAUUGAUGCACAUUGCUAAUCGUUUCUUCGGUUGUGUGUUCAUGCGUUGGAGAAAUAAGUAUUCAAGCAAAAAAUCUAUUAUCUUCAAUUGGCAAGUGGUCCUAACAUGACUUUAAUACAUUUACUACGCGCUCGUAUACAUUUGCAUUUUGUAGACCGCCAUACUGCAAUGUUUUCAUAGGAAAAAAUUUAUUUAUACAAAUUACGUAAGUGGGAUAUUAGGUGCAAUAUUUGCAGGCAAAUAGUACCUUUCUGCUCCUCCUGAAUUUUUCAGAAUUACUUUAGGUAUUCUACAUUAGAAGGAAGUACUUUAAGACAAGCUUUAUAAUUAUUACCAAUCAAAUCUUUAGUAAAAUAUAAAUAUUAUUAUAAUACAUUUUCUAUUUCUUUGCGAAACUUUGUGCUUACAAGAAACAUAUAUUUUUUUUAUAACAUCAAUAGCAAGGUAUCCCUGAAACUUUCAAGCGAAUAAAAUCCCCAAGUUUUGUUUCAGGAACACUUUGUACCUUUUAGAUUUCCGAUUUAUUUGUGUAAUAAGUUUUAGUAAUUAUAUAAUAUUGCAUAUUACUUGCCUCGUUAGAAUCAAUUUAAAAAUUUUGAUGAUAACCUUAAUAUAAUAAAUAUAAAUUUCUUGUAGCUGCGUGACAUAUACACGACGGGUUGAGAGUACGGAAUUUUUUACUUUUACUUACACACAUUUACACAUAGAUUAAUUAAAUUAAUUGAAAUGAACAAUUUUAAUAUCUGAGAAAGCUUAGAAAGCUGGAAAAUGUACAUAUGUGUUGCUGACAAUACUGUCAACACUGAUUAUUGCGUGCAACAUAUAUAUAUAUAGUUUUUAAGUCAUCAUACAUAUAAUAUACAAUAAUACACAUCGUACUUAUGUGAUAAAACUUUCAUGUAUGUGCUUCCGAACGGACGAAGAUAAGAUGUAAAUGGGUCAUACAUUAGGGACAGCAAUAGAAAAUUAAUUUUUAAGAGAUUAAACGUAUUGAAAUUCUCUCGAAAAGUCUCAAAUACGUGUUUAUAGGUGUGUAUAUAAAAAAAAAGGCCAUGUAUAAUAUAAUACAGAAAUAAUAUAUAAUAAAAA